UUAAUAGUAAUCCACAUUACUUACACAGUUUGUUUUUCAAAUCCUUUAAGCUUCCACUUCACUUCUUUCAAUCCUUUCCUUAUGAUUCCUCUUCUAAGGGCCUCCGAAAAGCUUCCAAUAAUGGCGACGGUGAGACUCUUCGCAACACUGCCGAAGAAGCUUCUGCUGUUGCUAAUGGCGCUGAUAGUUGUUGUUCACUCUGAAGCUGCAAAUACCAACAAUGUAUACCAACCUUGUGCGGAUACUAAGAUUCAGAGAUCCGAUGGAUUCACCUUCGGAAUCGCAUUCUCUUCCCGAGACUCAUUCUUCGCUAACCAGUCUCAUCAGCUCUCUCCCUGUGACCGUCGUCUUUCUCUUGCUUCGCUUAACUCACAGCUCGCAGUUUUUCGACCUAGAGUAGACCAGAUCUCACUUCUCUCCAUCAAUACUUCCGAUUUCUUUCCGGAUGCUUUUGGUGGUUACAUGGUGGCUUUUGCUGGAAGAAAGUACGCUGCAAGGUCUCAGCCUGCAUUUGUUGCUAAUAGCACAUUCAUAGUGACGAGUUUCACCUUGGUACUUGAGUUUCAAAAGGGCAGGCUGCAGAACUUGUACUGGAAACGAGAUGGAUGUGCUUCAUGCUCAGGUAAGUCGAGAUCUAGUUAUGUCUGCCUUAAUAAUCAGGAUUGUGCGAUCAGAACAUCGAGUUGUAGAAACCGAGGGGGCAAUGUGGAUUGUAGUCUGGGAAUACAGCUUACGUUUUCAGGCACGGAUAAGCAUCUUUCAGCACUGAACUCCUGGUAUGAAGUAAAAAAUCUUCGACAAUAUUCCCUCUACAAUGUGUAUUCAAAUCUCAGGGAUUCUCUUACUGGCCAGUACAACAGGUUCUUCUAAUUACUUAUUCAUCAUACUACUCUCAAGGUCUGUUGAUUUAUAACUUCUAUACAUUAUACUGUUUAUCAUGGUCUCCUUUCUUGGCUUUGUUAUACAUCCUUUUUGGCUCCCUUUUCCUUUGUAUAGGACAUCCCAUUUGAAAAUCUCUUUGAACUAAUGAUGUUAGAAGAAUAGGCUUAACUGGAUAGUUAGUUAAUAUUAUAGGUUUUUUUUCUUAA